AAACUAUUUCAGUAUUAAAUGAUUUGACAAAUACUGAAUCUUUUCAACCUACGAAUUUGACAAAUGAUAAUGAUGAUUAUGACCAAACGACACAACUGUUUCAACAUUAUAAAUUAAUUUUAAAUCAAGCAUUAAGAAUCGUAGAAGAACAAGAAAAUAUUGGCAAUAAACG